UGCUGUUCAGUUCCAGUGAGAACAUCAUCAGGGGAGGCUGUGGUAUCUCGCAUGCUUGAGAGCUGCUGCUGCUUCUUGCUGCCCACAGUCACAGAGCUCUGUGCCCUCAGGACAGGAAAUCUAGCCUGCAGCGCAAGGGAAAGACACUUGGAUUUAUCAUUUUUUACACCUUUCAGCUUUUCGGAUCACUGAAUCCCAGCUGAUUCCUCCUAUAGCACCCCUGCCGCUCUCAGACACGCGUACAUCACUGCCACUGUCCCAUUUAAGUUGCCCACCUUAUUGGGGCAUGCGCCAUUCUGUACAUUUAUGAUUUUUCUUUGCCUUUUGUGUGUUUACCACCCCAUGGUACUGGAGGACCUUGGAUGAUAUUUUUUUUUUCUCCUGAGCUUCAAGCGUUGCCAUCUGUUAUAAUUCUUCGUGGCAUCCCCCUACAAUCUCCAUCCGUGGAAGUGCACAGCCGGACAUCAGGGGUCGUGUUAGAUCCUUGUCCCCGGCUCCACGCAAGAUGUACAUCCAGGGCCCUGCAAUCUGGGCCUCCCUCCUGCUCACCUUCUGCUACGCCAGUGCAAAGGAUUCAACACCGCCGACUCCUCGCGUGCAACUCUCCUUUAGAGAACUCAAAGCUUCGGGCACUGCUCACUUCCUGAGCUUCCUGCUAAACACAACAGACUAUCGGAUUCUUCUUAAAGAUGAGGAUCAUGAUCGGAUGUAUGUGGGAAGCAAAGAUUUCAUCUUGUCCCUUGACCUUCAGGAUAUCAACCGCGAACCUCUAAUUAUUCAUUGGCCAGCAUCCCCUCAAAGGAUCGAGGAGUGUGUGUUAUCUGGGAAAGACAGUAAUGGAGAAUGCGGAAACUUUAUUCGACUGAUCCAGCCCUGGAACAGGACUCAUCUGUACGUGUGCGGCACCGGGGCCUAUAAUCCUGUGUGCACUUACAUUAACCGUGGACGCAAAGCACAGGCCUCAGACCUGAGUCAUACAGCGCCCCCAGGAGGACGAGGGAGCAGAGCUGCUGAUUCCCCGCUCAGCCCAGCACCAGCAGAGCACAAGGACUACGUGUUUUACUUGGAAACAGAUCGUCUGGAGUCUGGGAAAGGAAAAUGUGCAUACGACCCCAAACUGGACAGUGUUUCUGCACUCAUCAAUGAGGAACUGUACUCCGGAGUGUACAUAGACUUCAUGGGUACGGAUGCUGCCAUUUUCAGAGCGAUGGGCAAACAAGCAGCCAUGAGAACAGAUCAGUACAAUUCACGCUGGCUCAAUGAUCCGGCAUUUGUCCAUGUGCAGUUGAUUCCAGACAGCGCUGAGAGGAACGAUGACAAGCUGUAUUUUUUCUUCCGUGAGAAAUCUACAGAUUCACCGCACAGUCCUGCUAUAUAUUCCCGAAUUGGUCGAGUCUGCCUAAAUGAUGAUGGGGGGCACUGCUGUCUGGUUAACAAAUGGAGCACAUUUCUAAAAGCUCGGCUCAUAUGUUCGGUACCUGGAGAGGAUGGAAUUGAGACUCACUUUGAUGAAUUGCAGGACGUCUUCAUUCAACAGACUCAGGACACCAAAAACCCAGUCAUCUACGCUGUCUUCUCUUCCUCUGGGUCUGUGUUUAAAGGAUCGGCAGUGUGUGUAUACUCUAUGGCUGACAUCCGUAUGGUCUUCAAUGGGCCGUUCGCUCAUAAAGAAGGACCCAACUACCAGUGGAUGCAGUACAAUGGAAAGAUCCCCUAUCCCCGGCCUGGCACGUGUCCUGGUGGUACAUUCACACCUUCCAUGAAGUCAACUAAGGAUUAUCCAGAUGAAGUCAUAAACUUCAUGAGGACCCAUCCAGUUAUGUUCAAUCAUGUGUAUCCAGUUCACCGACAACCACUACUAGUCCGAACAAACGUCAACUACCGAUUUACCACUAUUGCUGUGGACCAAGUAGAUGCAGCUGAUGGGCGUUAUGAAGUGCUUUUCUUGGGCACAGAUCAUGGAACUGUGCAAAAGGUGAUAGUACUCCCAAAAGAUGACUUGGAGACAGAAGAACUCAUUCUUGAAGAAGUAGAGGUGUUUAAGGUACCGGCGCCCAUCAAAUCCAUGAAGAUUUCAUCCAAGAGGCAACAACUUUAUGUUUCAUCUGUUUCGGGGGUGACGCACCUAGCCCUCCAUCGCUGCGAUGUAUACGGUGAGGCGUGUGCGGAUUGCUGUCUUGCCAGGGACCCAUACUGUGCAUGGGAUGGAAAAACCUGCUCCCGAUAUUCUGCGUCCUCUAAAAGACGUAGCCGACGGCAGGAUGUAAGACAUGGAAAUCCCAUAAGGCAGUGCAGAGGAUACAACUCCAAUGUGAGUAAAAAUGGAGUGGAUGCAGUUCAGUAUGGAGUGGAAAGCAACUCUGCUUUUCUGGAGUGUCAACCGCGAUCCCCACAAGCCUCUGUGAAAUGGCUUCUACAGAAGGACAACAGUGACCGUAAGAAAGAGAUUCGCUCUGAAGGACGCUUCUUGAAGACAGAACAAGGCCUUCUCCUGCGGUCCUUACAACUUGCGGAUGCUGGAGUGUAUCACUGCACAGCUACAGAAAAUAAUUUCAAGCAUGUUGUGAUGCGCGUACGCCUCCAUGUUCUAAGUUCUGACGCAGUCACUGCUGUCCUUCUCCACCCAGAUGCCCCUAUUGGACUCUCUACCAAUCCUGCUGGUCCACCAGGGGCCUAUGAUGAUUUGGUACAACUCCUCUCCCAGCCAGAGAUGGGACUUAUCAACCAGUACUGCCAGGGAUAUUGGCGUCCAGCUGGUUCUGCCCACAGUGAUGCUAAGGACCUUCAGGACCAAAAACGAGCCAGGAACCGGAGGAAUCAUCCGCCUACUGAGGAGCUGCAGACAUGAAAUGGAACCUCUUUCUGGGACUUACUCUCCUUGUCUCCUUUUGCCCCUACACUUUGUUUCUCCUGCAGACUGUUCCCCUAUUUUAUUUUUACCCAAACUCCUUUUUUAUAUUCUAAAAAAACAAAACCAAACAAAAAAAACCAGAACAAACUAUAAAUAUAAAAAGUAUAUAUAUAUAUAAAUAUAUAGAGAGAAAGAGGGGGGCUUUGACCUACCACGGAUCUCUCAAACUUUAUUUAUUGGGGAACACACAAAUCCCCCCCACCCCAACAAGGUCUGGGGUGUCAUUUGGAGCAGAGGGAGUCUGACCUGAUUUCUGGUUAUUAUUUGGUGACAUUUUAGCAUGGUGAACAGUUAUCACUCAUCAUUCUUUACAAAGUCCUGGAGCUCAGGGUGAUCUCUGUUGCUGGAGAGAUUCAUGAAACAUUGGUGAUGCUGUUUUAAUCUUUCCAGAGCGAGUAGAACAUUGAACCUUUAGCUACCGCUGAAGACUACAGGACCAGUAGGAUAUUUCUGUGACUUAGUAAGCGCUCUGCAGACCAUCGUCCAGUGACCACUGCACCACACGUUCUGUAGAACAUUUUUCCAUUACCACUGACUUGAUAGGUUCCACUGCAGACCUAUAUUCCAAAAUAGAAUUGUCAGCAAUCAUUUUGACUCUGUGGAUAAAACAUAAACCCAUGUUAAUGAUAUUUGUUAUCUUUGUAAUGUCCAGUUCAAAAUGCAUCUAUCUCUUACCCUUCCUCCCAUAUUCUUUUUCCCUUUCGAAAUAGAUGAAAUAUGCCACAAGACUGCUUAAGGAAAGAUUACUACAAUCGUUUUAUUCUAGACUACUUUGCAAACCAAUGAUAACCAGAAAGUAGACUCCUAGCUGUUGAAGAACCGCAGUUCCCAUGUACAGCUGGGUCAGUCUCUACUUUUUGGCAACUCUUGAUAUAAGCCAACAGCAGGGCUCAAUUUGAAUACGUUUUCUGUCUGGUGACAAAUAACCACAUCAUGGGAUCUUCCAUCGUUUUUAUUUUGUUUCAGAGGAAAUAUUGAUGUAAAAUAUAUUAUUUUCAGUGGCCUACCUAAAUAUGUCUGCAAAUGUAAAAAUGUGCUGGAAAUGUACGUGUUGCAUGAGUGAGCGCUUGCACUUUAUUUAAAAAAAAACAAAAAACUAAAAGUAUGUGUUUUCUUAAAUUGGACCUGGCUUUUUCAAAGAUGGUAGUGCCAGGGUCUAGAGAAUGGGAGAAAGAGAAAGAUUUUGGGGGCAAAAUACACACAACCACAACAGACUGAUAAAUGUUAUUUUAAGCAAGUCUUCCUUUUUUAUAUAUCAGGAUUUUUGUUAUUAAGAAGAAGUGCUUUCCCAUGAUCUCUGCGCUUUCAGAGCAUAAAGAGCGCAAUGUGUGAGUGUAAUCAGAAAACUGACUUGUACAUAUCUCCUGCCUUUAAGUUUCAAUGGGUUUUUACACAUGUAUUGCAGUGCUGGAACAAGUGGGAGGCAUUUGUUCUUGUGUCUGUGGAAGAAGCAAAAUGAUUGUUUUUGCAGCUUUGUUUUAGGAACAAGGGUGAGGUUAUAGGUUGACAGAGACGUGUCCUAAUGUCUGUGUAUUAGGAGGUGUCCUGAUGUCUAAAUGAGAAGACAAUGAAAGUUAUUUUGUAAUGUCUGUGUGCUAAUGGGAAGUGAGAGUGGUGUUUUCUUCUGAAUGUGUACUUGCAGGAUCUGAGAGGUAUGUGUCCCGAUAUCUGUGUAUUAGUGGGAUGUGAGAGGUAUGUGAUCUGAUAUCUGUGUAUUAGUGGGAUGUGAGAGGUAUGUGAUCUGAUAUCUGUGUAUUAGCAGGACAUGAGAGGUAUGUGAUCUGAUAUAUGUGUAUUAGCAGAAUGUGAGAGAUAUGUGACCUGAUAUCUGUGUAUUAGCAGGACAUGAGAGGUAUGUGAUCUGAUAUAUGUGUAUUAGCAGAAUGUGAGAGGUAUAUGACCUGAUAUCUGUGUAUUAGCAGGAUGUGAGAGGUAUAUGACCUGAUAUCUGUGUAUUAGCAGGAUGUGAGAGGUAUAUGGCCUGAUAUCUGUGUAUUAGCAGGAUGUGAGAGGUAUAUGACCUGAUAUCUGUGUAUUAGCAGGACAUGAGAGGUAUGUGAUCUGAUAUCUGUGUAUUAGCAGGAUGUGAGAGAUAUGUGACCUGAUAUCUGUGUAUUAGUAGGAUGUGAGAGAUAUGUGACCUGAUAUCUGUGUAUUAGCAGGAUGUGAGAGGUAUGUGAUCUUAUAUAUGUGUAUUAGCAGGAUGUGAGAGGUAUAUGGCCUGAUAUAUGUGUAUGGUAUGUGACCUGAUGUCUAUAUAUUUAGAGAACGUGAGAGAUACAUGUCCUGAAGUCUUUGUAUUUGGAUGCAAAAUGUGGUAUGUUAUGAUGCCUCUGUAUUAGAAAGCAAUCCGAGGUAUGUAAUUAAAUUGUGUAUUUAAGAGGUGGUAAAAGGUAUGUGCCCUCAUAUUUGUGUAUGUAUAUAUAUAUAUAUAUGUUUUAGAAAUAUAUGGUACUUUUAUUCUUCUGAUAUUUUGGGUGUAAGGAAAGCUUGAGAGAUAGGGCCUAGAUAUAGGUAUGUAUCUGUUAUAAGGAUAAGAGCUUUGUUUCAUGUGGCUUUAUUCACUUAUAAGUGCAUUGACAACAAAGUCGCAACAUUUAGACCAAAAUAGUUGAAGUGGAACCAUGUCUCCAUCUCAGCCCCUAUAUGUUUGUAUGACAGAAUGUGAGAAACAUGUCUGUCACUUAUAUUAGGGUUACUAUUGUAUGGUAUGGUAUGACAUAGGGGUUUAUUAACAAAAACACCGAAUUGGAAUGAAUUGAAAGCUAGAUUUGAAAAACAAAUGCACAGACAGCUAAAUUGGCAAAAUUCUCCAACCCUGCUAUAGUCACAGCGUUCCUGUUUUAGCUUAAAUUGUGGAGUUUGCUUUUCAGUUCACGACAGUUUGCUGUUUAGUGGAUAAACCCUAUAGUUUCUUGGCAGUAAGAAGAAAGUGUGCAUUAUGGGGAUUAUGUAUAAAUAAUGGCAAUAUCGCUAAAACUAAGCAUGAUUCAUUUGGUUAUAUUUUUGCCUUUGUAUCUGUAAGGAAUGUAUAAAGAUGUAUAAAUAAACUUUAUACAUUAGGGAAAGGGGGCACAAUUGUACAUUUUUAUUCUCAUACUGCUACACAGUGCAGAUAAUGCCAGAUACAGGAUGGCGAAGGAUUGUAGUGCAAUAAAGUGAUCUGAAACUGAA